AUAUAUUUAAAUUAAAGCGAAAGAAAAUGAGAAUGACUUGGUUGCUGGUGCUAGUGGCGACUAGUGCAACACUAAUUGCCGCCGAUUCCAAUUGGGGCAAUGAAUGGGCGCCCAUGGAGUCAGCCGACUCUUCCAUGUUGAGCAGACGCUCUACUGAUGAACAGAAACCUGCUCAGGAGGAGGCGCAGGGACGCAACUACGCCGUGCAUGAGGAAGGCAGCAUUCAGAGUAAUGCCACCGAAAUCGAUACAGUUAUUGAUCAGCUGAUUAACUCCCGCCGUGAGGGACGCAAUAUCGGUGAUUAUGAUGCUGUCUAUGCCGAUGGCAAUAUUGAUCAGGCUCUGCAGCAGGGCAAUGAUCUGCAGGCACGCAAUCUGAUCCGUGACAAACUUUGCGGCCUCGGACUGAUGAGCUGCGAGGAGGAGAAGCGUCCCUUCUACUCGACCAUCUAUGCACAGGGGCCACCACCUCCGUCCGGCUUUGGUGGCGGACCCUAUGGACCCGCUAAACCCAUGCCACCACCGAGCUACUUCAACGGUCGUCCACCGAUGGGCGGACCACCAAACUCCUUUGGCCCACCACCACCCAGCUCCAUCAACUCGUUUGGUCCACCACGUAAGGUGGGCUACGAGGGUUCCUACAAGCCACCGAUGAAUAGUUUGUACAGACCUGGUCCCGUCUACGAGCACCCACCACCAUCUGCAUUUGACUCUGAUGGCGUUACCUUUACCAAGCCACCACCUGGUGCCCUGAUCUAUGACAGCAAACCACCCGGUCCUCUCUAUACUGGUGGACCAAGCGGACCCAUUCCUGGACCCGUCUACAAUCCUGGUCCUUCCAGCGGUGGGCCACCCUACAACUUUGAGAAUCCCGAGAAGAUUCAAGGUUCCAGCUCUUCUCUGAACGGCUUCUACUCACAACAAUCCUCAUCAUCUUCUUCUGCAGCAGCCACGUCGUCGACCACUAAAGUGGUUGUCGGUGCACCCAUCGAUGCCGGUCUACAGCAGCAUGUGCAUCAUCAUUUCCAUCAUGUGGAUGGCGGCGAGGGUGCCAAUAUUCCCAGCGUGCCAAUCCCUGUUGGUGGUGGCCACACUGUGAACACUGACUUUAGCGCUCUGGCCCAAUCCUCGGCCACAUAUACACCGCAGGCUCAAGCGGCCAGCUCGGGUAGUUUCUCGCAGUCGAAUGCCUUCAAUGCCGGUUUCAAUGGUGCCUCCCAGGGUGGUCUGCUCACCCAGGGCUACAAUCCCCUGCAGAAGCCCAAUGGUGAUCUGUACAAGCCCUCAUCUGGUCUGAGCACCUAUGGCAGCAGCUCCGGCUUGUCGCAAUCUGGCGGUUUCGGCCAGAACGGUUUCAGUGGCUCGCCCAGCGGCAGCUAUCACAGCCAGAAUCCCGACUACUACAAGAAGGAGCUGCAGAACGGUGGUGCCUCCGGUCACUACAAUGGUAUUUCCUCGGGAUAUGGUGCUCAAGGUGCCCAGGGUGGUGCUUAUCAAGGUGCCUAUGACACAUCGCGUCAACAAAUCGUCGAUUGCCAGUGCGUGCCCAUCUCUCAGUGCCCAGCCGCUGAUCGUAUUGGUCGCAAAGAGGAUCUGAUUCUGCCCAUUGAUCCCCGUAAUCUGGGCAAGGACAUUGAAGCGUUGAGCGAUGAUGCAGCCACCAAUGCCACGGCCAAGGCCGACACCAAGGUCGAUGACAAGAAGGUUGAGGACGAUAAGAAACGCACACGCCGCCAGACCGAUGCUGAGAACAAGCAAGAAGACACCGGCGAUCUCUCAUUGGAUGCUCAAGGGCGUCAGGGGCUACUCGGACAAUCGCCGCUAGGUUUGCCAGCGCUCCAAGCCAUCGAGCUGAUACAGCGCAAGGUGCUACCAACGUAUGGUGUUAGUUUUGGGCUGCCCUAUCCCUCGGCUGGCUAUCCGGGCGGCUAUCCGGCAAAUGUCCUCGGCGAUUAUUAUCCCGCCCAGAAUCCGAACUUUGGCUCGUUGGGACCAAACGGUUUGAAUUUGGGCCUGGUCAAUGUGAAUCCUCUUGUCUCAGUGCAAGUGAGCAAAACCGACUACGGCGAGAAGGUAGUGAAGCCACUGGUGAAUCUACAUGUGACGCCCAAUGCGAAUAUCAUACAGAAAGUGGGUGACUUCUUCAAGGGGAAGCCCAACGAAGUGUACAAUACGCAUUAUCAUCAUCACGAUCACUUCAGCGGCUUCAGCGAGCAUCAUGAUGAUCAUCAUGAUCAUCAUUAUCACCAUCCAGAGCACCACUACAGCGCACCACCACCAUUACACCAUCAUUACGAGAGUUCUGAUCCGCCACACAUUGAGCACUUUAGCGUUGAGAUGGUGCCGAGCACACCGAUCUUUGAGUACCACAGUGGACCUAGCCUACAUCCGCCAGAGCACCAUCAUCACCAUCAAUCUGAAUUUUACCCUGAGCAUCUGCACAAUGAUUACCACCACACUGAACACCAUCCAGAGAGCUCAUUCGAUCACUCCUUCAACUCGAUUCAUUCUGGCGCGAGCGACUUUGGCAAUUAUGCAGAUUUUUCCCAAAAUUAUGAGCGCAGCGUCAAUGUCAGUUCACCCGACUGGUCAGCACCCAGUCGUCGUCGUGGCAAACAAUUGAAUUUGGGGCCAAUCCAUAGUAUACCCACGCCAGCUCCAGGUGCUGCUGCGGGCAAUGAUAUUAUCACAUUUCCCCAUGAUCGUCGGCGACGCAACGUUGAUCUUGAUGAGCUUAAGGUUGAGUUGAGAGCGGAGCAGCGCGCUUAUUAUGGAAACCGACCCGUGGAGAAGACCUGUCGCAUCAAUGAGGUCUGCUGCCGUCGUCCACUCCGUCCACAGGCUCCACCCCAGCAGCAGCUGGGACGUUGCGGUGUGAGGAAUGCCGCUGGUAUUACCGGUCGUAUUAAGAAUCCCGUUUAUGUCGAUGGCGAUAGUGAGUUCGGCGAGUAUCCCUGGCACGUGGCCAUUCUGAAGAAGGAUCCCAAGGAGUCGAUCUAUGCCUGCGGUGGCACCUUGAUUGACGCCCAGCACAUCAUCUCGGCGGCCCAUUGCAUUAAAUCUCAAAAUGGUUUCGAUCUGCGCGUGCGUCUGGGCGAAUGGGAUGUCAACCAUGAUGUGGAGUUCUUCCCCUACAUUGAACGCGAUGUUGUCUCUGUGCACAUUCAUCCCGAAUACUAUGCCGGCACUUUGGAUAAUGAUUUGGCCAUAUUGAAACUGGAUCAUCCCGUCGACUUUACCAAGAAUCCCCAUAUUAGCCCGGCCUGUCUGCCCGACCAGUAUUCUGAUUUCACCAACGCACGCUGCUGGACCACUGGCUGGGGCAAGGAUGCCUUUGGCGAGCAUGGCAAAUACCAGAACAUCCUAAAGGAGGUCGAUGUGCCAAUUCUGUCGCAUCAUCAGUGCGAGGCCCAGUUGCGCAACACUCGUCUUGGCUACAGUUACAAACUGAAUCCCGGCUUUGUUUGUGCCGGCGGCGAGGAGGGCAAAGAUGCCUGCAAGGGUGAUGGCGGUGGUCCGUUGGUCUGCGAACGCAAUGGUGUUUGGAAUGUCGUCGGCGUAGUGUCCUGGGGCAUUGGAUGCGGUCAGGUGAAUGUGCCCGGUGUCUAUGUGAAGGUAUCCGCCUACCUGCCCUGGAUUAAGCAAAUCACGCAAAGCUACAAAUGAUCACGCGUUGCCAGCACGGAGCAAGUGGGGGACAUAAGAUAUGGCGACGACGAUGCCUCUGAUGAAUUUAUUUUUCACUUUUGAAUCAGUCUUUUCAUCUGUCCAACUGUCAUUUACGUAACUGUCUCUCGUCACUCUCUUGUACUCUUCAAAACCCAUUCGAUAUUACUUUGUUGGAUCACACUCGAGUUGUUAUCGCUUGUUAACGCUCGUUACCGUUACUGUUACCGUUAUGUACGCUUAGGCCUUUUCUUAUUACCUUAUUACCUUGUUAUUGUUAUGACCCACGCACA